AGCUGUGACGUCUUUUUACAGCACGCAUGAUUCUUCCAGAUGGGAGAUGCGAGGUACUGUAUAUUAUGCUUUCAAUUGAGGAAAAGGAAGGGAUUACACAAGGAAUCGACGACCACCAUCGCAUAUUUUGAUCCAUUAAAAUGUGCAAAAGGAUGCAGAAUGAAGAAAUGGACAGACAGAUGUAAGAGGGCGUCCUGCCCUCGAAAAAGACCGUGACAAGUUCAUGGCCGCCAACAAGAAGAAGAAAAUAAUGGUUCUUAAUGAGGAGGGGGCAGCUGCGCCCAUGGCACUGCAUUCGACUGCCUCUCCCCCCGACCUAGUUGGUGCCCUAAAAACAGGGCAGGCAAGUGGAGUUGUGGCCAAUGAGGAAGCAAAUAUUGCAGCAACAUCCACUCCAGGCUCUGCAAUGGGUGUUGCUCUUACAAUGAACUCCACUGUCAUUUCUAAUAACCAACCAGAGAAUUUGCCACCAGAGAGCACCCGCAGAGGUAUCAAGGUGAUGUUGGACAGCAACAACAUGUGGAAUGAGUUCUUCAGAUGCAAAACCGAGAUGAUAGUAACCAAACAAGGCCGGAGAAUGUUCCCUUAUUGCCGCUUUCGCAUCUCUGGUUUGGAUCCCUUCCAGAAGUACAAUCUGCUCAUGGAUAUCAACCCAGCGGACAACAAACGUUACAAGUGGACUGGGCAAAAUUGGAAAAUGAGUGGAAAGGCAGAAGCCCAUAUGCUGAGACGGAUCUUCAUCCACCCAGACUCUCCAUCUUCUGGUCACCAAUGGAUGCAGAACCCAGUUUCAUUCUACAAGCUUAAGCUCACUGACAACACCAUGGACCAGGAGGGUAAUGUCAUUUUGCACCCAAUGCACCGGUACUUACCGCACCUCCAUGUGGUCUCAGCUGAAAUGCCUACGGAGGAUAUUCAGCUCAGUGGGCAUGACGUAAUAACCUUCACCUUUCCCCAGACUGAGUUCUUUGCUGUAACAGCCUACCAGAACUUACGCAUGUCUCAGUUUAAAGCAGACUUCAACCCUUUUGCAAGUGGACCCUCUUGGGCUCUAAAGCUGAAAACGAGUCCGUCCAAUGAUUCGAAGAAGAAUGAAACCAGCUCUCCCAAUGAACUCAAGCCUUUGAAAGGCUUGAAUGGCCUGAAAUCUUUAAUGGCUGCAAAACACAGCUCUAAAGACACUUCAGCAGUAGAUAAAGGACUCCCCAGCGCAGAUGCUCAAAAUGUUAAACCUGCAAGCAGUGAAACCAGAUCUCCCAGUGAGCUCAAGCCUGUGAAAGGCCUCAGUGGCCUGAAGGCUUUGAUGGCAAAACGCAACUCUAAAGACACUUCAGCAGUAGAUCAAGGACUCCUCAUUCCAAAUGCUCAAAAUGUCAUCCUUACAUUUGGUGACAAAUCUGAGGUCAACAGCCAUCGACCCAGCUCCAUGCUGAAAUCAAGUCCCUCCAAUGAGAUGAAGAAAGACCCCAGCAAAUCUCCCAAUGAGCUCAAGUCUGUGAAAAGCCUGAAUAAUCUUAAGUAUUUGAUGGGGAAACACACUUCUAAAGAUACUUUUGCAGCAGGUCAAGGACUUUUCUCUUCCGAUACUCAAAAUGUUAUGCUUGCAGAAAGUGACAAGUCCAGGGUCAAAAUAAGUCCCUCAAAUGAGUCGAAAAAAGACCACACCAGAUCUAACAAUGAACUCAAGCCUGUGAAAAGCCUGAAUAACCUGAAGUCUUUGAUGGCAAAACACAACUCUAAAGACACUUCCUCACUAGAUCAAAGCGUCCUCAGUGCAGAUACUCAAAAUGUUUCACUUGCUGACAAUGACAAGUCCUGGGUUAACUCUAUUGGGCCCAGCUACUGCACUCCCAAGUUGAUAUCAAGUCCCUCCAAUGAGUUGAAAAAAGUAGAAACCACAUCUCAGAAGGAAUUCAACCCUCUUAGAAAUAAUCUGAGGUCUUUGAUGGCAAAGCGCAAUUUUAAAGACACUUCAGCGGUAGAUCAAGGACUCCUCAGCUCUCAUGCUCAAAAUGUUACACUUGGAGAAUCUGACAAGUCAAGUGUUAAUGAUCAUGCACCCAGCUCUUGCAAGAAAUCAAGUCCCUCCAAGAUGAAGAAAGAUGAAACCAUAUCUCCCAAGGUGCGCAAGCCUGUGAAAAAUACCCGAAAGUCUUUGCGAGGAAAACGCAACUUCCUGAAGACUUCAGUAGCAGAUCAAGGACUCACUACCCCCGAUGCUCAAACUGCUACAGUUGCAGACAGUGAAAAGUCAGUCUGCAAGAAAGAGUCCACUGAUCAAAGUUCCUGUACAAUAGGUCCUCCCCAAAGUAACUUCACUGAGCUGAUUCGGGAGUGUCAUCUGAAAAUAAGAAGGUGCAAUGUGGAGAUACCCAAUACAGCUUGCAAUGUUGAGCAAACAGACACUAAGGGCAUGGUUGCCAAAGGCAAAGUUGUGGAAGUAGCUGUGAAUUACAAUUUUUCCCAGAUUCCUGACGUGUUGUCGAAAACUUUUACAAAGGUGGGACCCCAGGAUAAUGGGAAUACGAUUGACAGUGAAAAGGACCACCUCUGUUCAUCUCAGUCCCAGGAACCUGUGAAGACCCCUGUGUCUAUCAAUGACCAUUCAGCAGAUGAAGUUGAAAGCAGUCAAAAGGCUUCCCAAAGCUCCUCAGGGAGCUCUGAAGCAAAAAGAACAGGUUCUGAUGAACAGCAGCAGGGAAAGGCUAAACCACACAAACGACCUGAACCUGUGCCUUUGCCCCUGCUUGCACUCUACCUUCAACAGUUGAAGUUGAAAUCCAGACCUUUUAGGACCAAACCAAAAUCUCCUUUGCCUUCUACUUCAUCCCCAUUUUCUGCUGUUCUAACUACUGACCCUACUGGCCCAGCCACUGACCCUACUGGUCCAGCAAUGGUCCCCACUGGAUAUGCUGUUCUUCCAGCCAGUGAUUCUGUAGUUCGAGCCACUGACCCCACUGGGAAAACCACAGACUAUGCUGGUGUACCCACUGAUAUUUCAGUCCCAAACACAGAUUUUUUGGUUCCUGCCACAGACUCAUUGUUACCAGAAGCUGACCCAGUAUCACUUACUGCUGAUCAGUCGUUUCUUGUCGCUGAACCUACCUUAUCCAUUACACUAUCAUCCCCCACUCCACCCCUCAUGUCGCCAUUUCCUGACCCAUUGUUACCAGCCCCCGACUCAUUAAUACCAGCCCCUGCCUUGUCAUCCCAUGCCCAAGAACUGCCAUCCCCUGUACCUGUCACAUUGAACCUACCGGCUGACCUAUCAUCACUUACCUCUGACCACCCCUCAAAUGCCCCUGCGCUGUCAUCAACAGCUAGUGUUGCCACUUUGAAACCUGAGUGUACCCCAUCGUUAUUAUCCCCUGGCCCUUCACUAGGUGGCUUUGAGCCAUCAUCACCUGCAUCAUUACCAGAUUUUGAGCUCCCUUUACCUUCCCCUGUUCAAUUGAAGCUGGUCCCAGCCCCAUCCGUACCUGUACCUACCUCGUCAUUCCCAGUCCUUGAACAAUUACCGUCACCAGACCUUUUUGUACUCUCCUCUGAACUUUCAUCACAUGCAUCACUGUUAGCACUACCGGCCCCUGAUCCUUUUUUAACAACACCCUUUAUCCCAUUGUUGCCUUCCGCUCACCUUAACCCAUUACCCUUUGAGGCAGUCUCAUUUUCAUCUAACUCUCACCCUGGCUCACUUGCUCUGGACCCUGGCUUAUCCUCACCUCCCCUGGACCCCGCCUCAUCAUUUCAAGUCAAUUAUGAACCAUUAACACGCCCUUCUACACCGUCUCCACUCCCAUUCCAGUUAUCUCCUUUUUCAUCGUUAGGUCCCGACCCAUUGUCACCAACCCCUUCACUUGCCGACCUCACUCACUUUUUCUCAAUCUCUGAUGAACUUGAGAUGACGGAAGACUUUCCAAGCAGUGAGGCGGCUCCUGUCCUAUGUCCUCAUGUCCCAACUUUAAUUACCCCUAGUGUACCAGUUGGUUCUACUCUACUAGUUGGUUCUAGUCAGCCAACCCAGAGCAUUAAACCCCAGAGAUCUAAGAAGAGAUCUAGGACAGGAGUGAAAUCUGCCAAGAGUGAUCCACUCCCAGUGAUAGGGGGACCCACAGAUGUCACCAUGCAGCCCAACCUGGAGGAAGUUGAGGAGCAGCUGUUCGUCUCUUUCACAUCCAAGGAAGCACUUGAAGUCCAUCUAGGAGAGCCUGCAUUUCGUGAGACGACAACCGCACAACCUGAGAAAACCCCUGAGGCGAAAGAGAAUGUCGGAGGAUCUGAAACCACAGAGGAAAGAAUAGCUGCUUUCGAGAAGGUUCUUUUGGACGAUCUGAAGGUUAUGAAGCAUCGGCAGGUCAUUCAUCCUGUGCUGCAAGAAGUUGGACUGAAAAUGAGCUUACUGGAUCCCACUCUGGUCAUCGACCUGCAAUACUUAGGCGUCCGUCUACCUCUACCGCCACCCAUGCUAUGUUUAGGACUGAGCACUGCAGGAUUGGCAUCUCCAAGUGGUUCAGUUCCCUUUGUUUCCAGGACGGGCAAGACAACAGACUUCACCCAAAUCAAAGGCUGGAGAGAUAAGAUUGUCCCUUCAGACUCCUCAGCAUCCGCCAAGCCUGACGUAUGUAGCCCAAUAGGCUUUAAAGAUGGCCCGAGUUCAGAUGUGGUCCCGAAGAACCUGUCGGCUUUCUGCAGUGACAUGUUGGAUGAGUAUCUGGCUAACGAAGGCAAACUCAUCGACGAGCGAGCUGCCAGUUUCACCCAGACCACCGUCGUCACCCCUGUGACCUACCAGCUGCCCACCAAGAGCACCAGCUACGUCCGAACCCUGGACAGUGUGCUGAAGAAACAGGCACCGGCACCUUCUACCACCUUUGUCCCCCCCAUCCAAAAAAAACAGACUGCCCCUCAGGAAGCCGAGGGUCAAGACUCCUCCACCAGCGCAAAACUCUGUUGUGUCGAGGCCAGAGGUAGAAGAGCCACCCCCCCCCCUGACCUGGCUCCUGUGGAGGGCGACUCCGAGCCAGAGUCUGCCGCUGCUGAGACCAAGGUUGUUGUUCCUGGGUUGACCAAGGCCUUUCUCAGACAGAGGGAGCUGGAGGACGGGGUUGUCUGGGAGGGCAAGCAUCAGACCUGUAUCACAGAGGACAGGGCAACAGUCGCCCUCAUCUCGCUCUUCACUUCAACGGGCUUUGUUUGUGAGAAUCCUGCAGCUCCCAUUAAGAUUGUAAAGCGCAGUGCUCCUCCCUGCCUCAAUGCGUUCUGCCGGCUGGGCUGUGUGUGUGCCAGCCUGGCACAGGACCGUCGUAUUACCCACUGUGGAAAGAUUGAGUGUAUAUUUGGCUGCAGCUGCCUCAGGCAGAAAGUGGUUGUGCUCAAAAACUUAAAAGGACCAGAUUCCAGUGCGUCUGAAGAGGGCCCGUCCAAGAAGAGCAAGAAGAGAAAGCGGAUGAGGAUGGCAUAUACUCUGAGAGAGGUGGAGACAGUAUCAGAACCAGCUCGGCGUGUGAGAACUUUGUGGAAGCACAACGAUGGAGAGAUGGACCCGGAGCCCCUCUUCGCCCCAACACCAGUCUGUCUUCCAUGGCUUCCAUUACAGGAAGAGUCUCCAGCAGUGGUGAGAGCGGAGGAAGGGACCAUGACAUGUGCCAGAGUGCGUGUGUUUCAAAGCAAGAGCACAAACCGACCUGAGGACAUUGACAACCACUGCAAACCAAUAGACUCCUCACCAGUGAGCCCUUCCAGGAAGUCAGAGAAGUCGCCCUCCCACGGUUCCCAGUACACGGAGCCCUGCAAGCGUCUGGAGAUCGUGUCUGAGUGUAAGUGGAGGAGCCUGGCGGACAGGAACUUGGUGCUGAGGAUUGUUUGUGAGCACAUGGCCCAGGACCACCUCACCAACCCCUUCUGGGUCAAAGGCUACCUCAUCAAACCCGUGUCUCAGACCCUGAGGAACGACGGCGAGAGCUGCUCUGUCCACUACAAGGUACAUAUCUCUCGGGUCUCGCGACCGGACGGAGUGGAGGAGGCAAACAGUGAGGAGGAAUGGAUGAGAGAGGAAGAUGAAGAAAUGAUGGAGGAAGAGGAGGGGGAGAUGGAGGAGCUGAGAGGGGAAGAUAAGGAGGUGGAGGAAGGACAGUGCGCAGAGGAGAAGCAAAGAGAGCAGGAGAACAAGGCUGUGGGAAGAAAAAUGGUCGUGAAUGGCAGGUCCUACCCCAAUGCCAAGCUACAACUGGGCAUGAUGGGAGCCAUGCACCCAGCCAACCGACUUGCUGCUUACCUCAUGGGCAAGUUACGGAGGCCUACCGGUCCAGAGCCGUCUAUGGCAUCCUCCGUCUCAUCACAACUCAUCACACCCCCCUCAGAAACCCCUGAAGAUGCAAGGUCCUCCACGGGACAGCCGGCCCAGUUGACAGCCACUCCUACCACCAGUCUUACCAUGGUUACCACCACCAGUGUUCCCUCUAUUGUUUCAGUUGCUGCAGGCCCCAAGUCCAUUGGUGAUGUGUCUCUUCCAAAGACCUCCCCAAGCAGCGGAAUGGUUACUAGUCCCCCCAUGCUGGUGCUCCCUGACCCAGGGACCAGUAACGCUGUCAGAAUGGCGUGUCCUCCUACGUCCCAGACCCCGACCCCUCUCAUCCCCCUGACCCCUCUCGCAGCAGGGCGGAGGAUGGUUCUGCAGCCGGUGCGGAGUGCCUCAGGGACCACCCUAUACCGGAACCCCAACGGACAGCUAAUCCAGCUGGUUCCCCUCAGCCAGCUGCAGGCCCUCAACCCCAACCUCGUCAUGCGCAACAAGGGGGGUUUGAUCAGUUUAACCACACCUGUGUGCUUGGCCUCGGGAUCCACAGCCACCCUUAACAGCUCCCCCUCCACCACCUCUCUCACCACAUGGCAGAACACCAUCACCACCGUCCCCAUGGUCCCUUUCACUGACCCAAAGACUCCAGGCAGCACCACCACCCCUAAAACCACGCCUCCUGAAGUCACUUCCUCCAUACCAGGCUCCAAGUCUAUCAACACCAGUAAAGUUAAUCUCUCACCCACUGAGACAAAUAGUGGGACGUACACUUUGAAGAUUGUUCCUCAGACGGGUAACAAGGAGCCCAUCAUCAUCAAGUGUCCCAAGGUGCCAGCCCAGCCAGCCCAGGGCUCCUCCAAGGUCAUGCCUAUAGUAGGGGGCUUUACUGUGCUGCAGCCUUCCCCAAAAACCACAGUAAUUACUGUCAAAUUCCCCACGAAGACUGUUAUGGAAACAGGUGUCCAAGUUGCCACCACCACCACCACAGUGGACUCCAAUGCAGACUGUAAGGUCACGUCUGAGCUGUAUAAUUGGAUGCUGCCUUGCCAGAAAAGCACAAAAACCCCUGUAAGCCACAAGUUUAAAUUUAUUAAAGUUGACACUAUCUCCACAACAGACUCCAGUACAGAUCCUAAGAUCCAGCCUGAGGUGGGACGAGUGCCCCCCAAAAUCCUCAGACCCCCUAUAACCCCAGUUCCAAAGACAGAUGCAACUUCGACACCUAUCUCGUCAGCGGACUCCAAUGUAGACCCCAAGCUCCUUCCUAGGAUGGCUUGUGUCAAUCAACCCUACCAGACCUGGACAGGACGACCGAAGAAGAGGAGGAAGGAGGUUGUGGAUCCGGUGGAGGAUGAGGACUACUCUGACGACAUGGACGAGGGGACGGAUGAGGAUACGAACAACUCAUCUGACGAGACGGAUUGUGUUAAUUCCUGUGUUAAUGAAGAGGAUCUCAUCGUCAUCAGUAAGCAGCUGAAGCACAAACACAACGUGCUGGAGAGGCAUCGACGCUCCGAGCUCCAGGGACGCUUCCAGCAGCUGAGGGAAACACUGGAACUUGACGAGAAAGCUGCUAAAAUUAAAAUCCUCAACGACGCCAAGGAGGAGAUCCAGGUAUUGACAAAGAAAAGCACCAACGUGGAGAAGCUGAGGAGUUCGCUGACCAUGGAGAGAGCAGUUCACGUCAAGAAGAUGUCCCAGUUAACUGGAGAGUCUGAGGAACAGAUACUGACGAACAUCAAGUACAUCGGUUCCCAGCAGAAGAUCGAGAAGCUGCACAUCAACUGGAAGAAAGAAGGGAAAGUCUCCUCUGCUGUCUCGUCUUCCUCAGUUGUCUCCACCUGCGGUGAGUCUGAGCAGAGGCCAAGGCCUGGUCCCCUGUCAAAGAGGACCACAGAAGAGGCUCAGGGGAGUAAGAGCAUGGGAGGAGUGACAGCAGAAAUGGAGGAGGACAGGGAUGAGGUGUUGGACCUUCUGGAGGACACGGAGGACGAGAAAACCGACAACUCCUCGGAUGAGACCGAGGAUUCUGACGUUGACGACGACAAAAACUACAAUGCUAAAGGGCACGUCAUCAAUACCAUCAGUGAUGUGGAGGAAAGCUUGCUAGAGGAUGAGCCUGUGGACAUUGAGAGUGUGGAGGACAAUGCAAAGAAGAACACCACUCCACAAUUGAAGGAAAAACGCACUAAAGAGCACUGGGACUUGCACAACAAAUAUGAGAGACAACGCUGUGCUGAGUUUCGGAAGAGCUUUAAAGCCCUGAUAGAGACUUUGGACCUUGGCAACCCGACACCUACUAAUGUUUUCAUCCUAGGGCAGGCCCGAAAACAAGUCAUUGACCUGAGAGACAAAUGCGAACGCCUGGAAAAACUGAAGAGUGCGCUGACCGAAGAACGAGCUGCUUAUAUCAAGAAAAUCUCCCAGAAAUCUGGAAAGACAGAGGAGCUCAUCCUCAGAAAACUUCAGGACAUCUCUACCAAACAGAAGAACAUGGAUGUGAAGUUCAAAGGGAAGCGGAGAGCGGCGUCCUCAGCCCCCUCGUCAUCAGUCUUACCCAAUAAAGCCAUCUCACCCAGCAGCACUCAACAGCCUAAGCCAAAAUCCCUGGCUCCCGGUCUGAAGUUAAAGGUGGUACCCACCCCUGUCCCACACUCUAUCCCCCCACAGCCUACACCCAAACAACCCAAGACAAGUCCCAUCAUCUCCCCACCCUCCAGGAAACCCCUCUCAACGUGUCGUUCUCCAGGUGAAAGGACAAGACCUAACAUCCUGUCUCGCAGGAAACCACAACCUCCCCUAGAUUCCCCACCUGUUCAUGCUCGGUUUCUCCCUCCUCAAAUGCUGUCUAUAGUGGGGGGAGUGAUACCAUCUCAGCAGGCGAUCACUAAGAGCCCAAUGCAGCCUGCCAGUUCUCUGCUGCCGGUAGGACGCGUCACUGGAAUCGAAAUGCAACAGUCUCUAAUACCAGGUGUCGCUUCAGUUACCAUCUGUAUCCCCUCAAUGUCACAACCCAUUUCUCUCACUCCACCUCGUAAUAUCCUCAACAGGGGAGUUCCUCAUAUCGGCAAUGUGAUUUCACUGGUCAAAGCCCCUCCACGUGUGUCAGGGGGAGCUCCGAGGAGGCCAUCUCCAGUGAAGGGUAAGGGAAGUGGACUGGAGGACGGGGAGGUGCUGGGGAAGCAGCUGGACCACUCUGGAGACGGUGUAAAGCUCAACGACGCAGACAGGAACUCGGAUGAGGAGGACGAAGACAACGAAGAAGGUGACGUUGAAGACGAGAGUCUGACGUCUCUCCUCAACGAGAUCGUCUUCCUCAACCAGCAGAUGACCACAGACAACAUCAGCCCCGGUGGUCUUCCUGUGGUCACUCACAAACCAGCCACUGAGCCUGGGGAGGUUGGUACGGACCGGUCCUCACCACCACCACCACCGCAGGCAGAGAAGGAAAUCAUAAGAGAUGGAGAUGACGAGCGCUCCCUCAGCCCCUUGUUUCUGAGACUUGACGAGGACCUUCUGGGGCUGAAAGAGAGACAAGGCCAGGAUGAGGCUUCCAAAGGCCCAGGCCUGCCAGUGCCACAGGCAGAGGACCUUAAAGUGGGUUCUGGAUCCAACGAGAAACCAUCAGACACAGGUUCUGCUCCUGCUCUGAUUGUCAAUGGGCACAGCCCACAAGGACCAACAUGCACUGCAAAAGGUCACGGUGUACUUCAAAAGGCGUUGACCCCGCCUCCACUGCAGCAGAUGAAAGUUGGCGUGGCCAAGGUGCUGGAGACCAAUGAUAUGCCAGGGGAUGCCCUAGCCCCGCCCCCGCUACUGCAGAUGAGGCCAAUGCCGAGGCUAGCCCCACUAGGACUAAAGAGCAACCCUCAGACGUAGAACUAAGCACUAACUAACUCGGGGUCAAUGUUGUAGCCAUCUCUCCUCAAGACCCUUACUCACAUGGGUCAUAAUCAUUUGUCACCAAACUGACUGAAACAGGGUUGGACUUCUACCUGAACUUGUCCAAUAAGAAAUGUUCAUUUUUGUUUUUCUGUUGCAAAAAGUUUCGCCACGAUGUGCUGUAAUAAAUAUGACCCUUAUGUGGCUCAACCAAUCAGGGAUAACUACAUUUAAAGGUACAAUGUAGCCGU